AUGAAGGUUAACCCUCUGGAUGCCAUCCUGGCUCAGAAUAAGCUCAUGUCCCAGCAAAUCAACAUGAUCUCCCAGCACUUGAGUGGAGCACAGAGCUCAAAUGCUUACUCUCCAAAGUCAGCAUAUGAAGUGGAUGCUGAUGACUCUGCAUGGACCACCAUGAAGGAGGAGCCUGCUACUGAGGAACUGAAGGAGAUCAAGGCUCAAGAGGAGACUGGGAGUGUCACCGUGCACGUCCCCAUGAAGAUGGAGGAGCCUGAAGACCAACCAUAUCCAAACAUGCAACAGGAGCCUGAGGAUGAGGAACUUGCUCAGUUCUUAGCAGUUCUCAGGAAGCUGCAAGUCAACAUCUCUUUUGCAGAGGUGUUGGAAAAGAAUCCCCCUUCUAUGGCAUGUCUAAGAAGUUUAAUUUCUGACAAGAAGACCUUGAAGGGAGAUGAGACUGUGCUGGGAAUUCAAGAGGCGCAGCCUGCCAAGAUCUCACUGGAGAUGGCGGACAAGUCCCUAAAAAGGGCAUAUGGCAUGGUGGAAAACUUCCUUGUGAAGGUUGAAAGCCUUUACCUCCCAGCGGACUUCGUGAUACUAGAUACAGGGGAGGACAGAGACGAAUCCAUCAUCCUUGGAAGGCCUUUCUUAGCUAAUAGUGAUCUAGCAUUAGAAUAUUGUCGGACUUUGCCCCAAUCACCAUUGGAUAAGCUUGUUUUUGGAGUUGGUGGUGGCUUUUGGUUUGCCUUUGGUGGUUUGGAGUUUGGUGGAAGCUUGUUGGAAUCAAGCUUAGUAUUUGAGCAUAUUGGGAAUCGGUCAAGAUAUUGUAUGGUGAUGCUUAUUGGAAUUUAUGAGUAUUUGUAUUGGUUGUUGAUGUUGUUGUUGGUUGAUGAUGAUUAUGAAUGUGGAUUUAUGAUUGAAUUGGAAAUUAUGGAUUGGUAG